AAGCGUAGUUAUGAAAUGUCAUCGUUUGAUGAAAAGCAAGCAAUGACUUUAUUAAAAGAACAUCCUGUAGAAUUUGUCAACUACAACAAGAAUCAAUUGAGUAGAGUUUAUCCGGCAGGAACGAGGUUUGAUUCGUCUAAUUUUAUUCCUCAAGUGUUUUGGAAUGCAGGAUGUCAACUUGUGGCUCUCAAUUUUCAAACACUAGAUCUAGGGAUGCAGUUGAAUUUGGGGUUUUUCGAAUACAAUUUCAGAACUGGUUACAUUUUAAAACCGGAAUUCAUGAGGAGACAAGACAGGCGCUUAGACUUAUUCGCAGAAUCCACCAUCGACGGCGUUAUUGCCGGAACCGUAGAAAUUACUGUGAUUUCAGGACAAUUUUUGACUGACAAAAGGGUCGGAACUUAUGUUGAGGUAGAAAUGUAUGGCCUACCAGCAGAUACUGUGCGUAAAAAAGUACGCACCAAGACAAUUGCUAACAACGGAAUAAACCCUAUUUAUGAUGAAGAUCCCUUUGUUUUUAAAAAAAUUGUUUUACCCGAACUCGCCUCUUUGCGAAUAGCAGCCUAUGAAGAAUCUGGUAGACUAAUUGGUCACAGAAUUUUACCAGUCGUGGGACUUUGUCCCGGUUAUAGACACGUUAGCCUAAGAACAGAGUUCGGUCAACCAUUACCGUUGGCAACUCUAUUUUUUUAUAUUGUUGUAAAAGAUUAUGUACCUGACGGCCUGACCGAUUUAGCCGAAGCGCUGGCAAAUCCUAUCAAAUAUCAAAGCGAUUUAGAAAAAAGGUCCAGACAGUUAGCAGUUCUUACAGAUGAGAUGGACGCUGCACAAACGGGAAUAUCAGCAGUUAAUAAAGAGGAAAACAAAAACAAAGACAUUUUAAAUAAAUCUAAUCAAGAAAAUAUUCCUACCAGUAAUUCCACAACUCAACAAGCAAAUAACCGAAAUGCAAUAGAAAUACCUCUUGAAACUUCUCAGUCAAUCACAGAACAAAGUACAGCUGCGUCAAAAUCACCCGAUGUUAUUGUAAACGAAGAGGUUUCAGCGGAGACCCUAGAAAAAAUUUUGGAAAAUAAAUACGUGAAAGAAAAGAAAGUCGAGUUAGAUAGAAAAAUAGAAAACUUGCGAAAAAAGUACGAAAAACGAAAAUUUUCCGUACAAGCUUUCAAGUCUAACGAAAGUUGUGAAAAAAGGAGUAAAAUUAUGAACAUAAAACUUGUGAAACGUUUAUCAAAUAAAAAUAUAGUGAGUAGUGGAUUAUUUACAAUGGAUUCUUCAAAUGUAGAAUCCGCAGCAAGCGCAGAAGAAGUGACAGAAUCGAGUACUAGCGAAUCUAUCAAGCCGCCCCCCUAUCUGUUACGCAGUAAACCAGAAAAGUUACUCGAAAUCACUAAAGAAUAUGUAUUACAAGAAAAAGAACUAAGAGAAAAAUACCACGAAAUUAUUUUCAAUACUGCAGAGAGAAUUAUGAAAACUUCACAGUCUGAGCAGCUAAAAGCACUAAAGAAUCAAAUGGAAAGAGAAACGUCUGAACUAAUGAAAAAACUCCAAGCCGAUCGUAGGGAAGAAGUCAAGUCGUUGGCAAAAAAACAUCGCGAUAGAGACGAAUUUAUAAGGAUGAAACGAGAAGUUGCCAUUGCCGUUGUAGAUCGAGGUGUUAUUGAAAGAGAGAGGCUCGAACAAACCUACGACCAACGUAAAAACGAGCUCGAUAAGCAACACGAAACAGUAAGACAAGCCUUAAUAGAGUACAAAGUAAAAGCAAAAUUAGCACUAAGUCAAGAAUAUGAAAAUCGUUUGGCAAAACUUGAAACAGAAACUCCUUCUGAAGCACCCGAUAUUUCUGAUUGAUAAAAAAUUAUAUAAUUAAAGAAAGACUAAUUAUAUUAUUAUUGAACAAGAAUUUGAUGCAGAACAUUUAUUUAUGGACAAUCAGGAAAUACUCAAGCUAGGUAAUCAUUAAACAUUAAGUACCUACUUACAUAUUUGUAAAUUACUUAUUCUGUUAUUCUUUAAUUCUUGUGAUAAUAGAUUAAGUAGUAUUAGUACCCUAUAAUUUGUGUGUUUAUAGAUUAAAAUGUUUGAUUGAUAGUGUGAUAUUUCCUAAUAAAUUAUAGUGUUUC